GUACGUAGCCUGACUCCUGAGGCAGUGAGUGCAGGUGUGCGCAGCUUGGGUGGACAUGUAGAAAAGCUCGGCAAGUUUUUGAAAGCGCUUGAGAAGUGCUGGUUCUGAUGCCUGUUGUAAGCUCCUAGGCGGCCUCCCUGUGCAAUGGCGGCAGUCCCCAUCCAUUGACUCUUGUUCGAGGUCCAGUCGUGUCUGUGUAUCUUAGAAAGCCUACAGCAGGCCAAUAGCGAAGAAUUGGUUGUCAAGACCGCACAGAUCCUUUGCAAAUCUGGUGCCUUAUGAUGACCCCAUGAAGGUUGCGGCGCAGCUUUUUGAGUUUGCAGCAAUCACGACGCGUUGCACAAGGUGCUCUACUUCCACGGUUUGGCAGCAUUGCAUCUUGCACCGAGACUUUGUGAUCACCGGACAGUAUCUUCCCAGCUCCAUACGUCUCUGCUCUUCCUUCCUUGGCAGAGGAUCAAAUAGAGGUUGCUCGAGAACACCAAGCACUUUCUUUCAGAAUCUUCCGCAAGCACCUGCUUAUUUGCAUAUUCCACCGGCCAGCAAAAUGGCACCCCAGACGUCCACGUUUACGUCCGGGUUCAGGGGCUUCGGCGUAACACCAAAAAUUCCUCAAGGCCGUACUAUGCACUCUGCUCUCAAGGACUUUUUUGGCCACUCGACAUUCAGGCCCUUGCAGCAGGAGAUUGUUGAGGCAGUCCUUGCGGGGCGGGACUGUCUCACGGUCAUGGCGACCGGGAGUGGGAAAAGUCUGUGCUACCAGCUGCCGCCUCUAGUUUCUGGGAAACCGGCAAUCAUCGUCAGUCCGCUCAUCAGUCUGAUGCAAGACCAGGUGAUGGCCCUUCAGCAGAGGGGAAUCAAGGCUCAAUUUCUGGGGAGCGCCCAAGCGGACUACUCAGUAGAGGCGCGGGCCAAAGUGGGCGAGUUUACGCACCUGUACAUCACACCAGAGAAGGCCAUGGCGCUGCCCAUGACUUACUGGGCCGACAUGCUGUCGGGCUGCGGCAUCUCCCUUCUAGCGGUGGAUGAAGCACACUGCGUCUCAGAGUGGGGGCACGACUUCCGGCCCGAGUACCAGCGGCUCGGCCAGCUUCGAGAGCUGCUUCCAAACAUUCCGUUCAUCGCCCUCACUGCAACAGCAACCGAGAAAGUCAGGCUCGACAUUGCCCGGUCGCUGCGCCUCGCCAACCCUUACAUUGCAAUCUCAACCUUCGACCGGCCGAACCUGUUCUACUCCGCGAAACCGCUUGAUCUGACUGUUACCAAGGAACUGAUCAUCGCGCUGAAAGAGGACAUGAAACGGGGCGGCUCGACGAUCAUUUACUGCCCGACCAUCAAAGACGUGGGGCUUAUGAUGGACGCGCUCCAGGACGCAGGUAUCCACUCACUGCCGUAUCAUGCGUCGCUUUCUCCAAGACAGAGAGAGGAGGCCCACAGAGCGUUCUCCGCCGACCGUCUGCAGGUGAUCGUCGCGACUGUCGCCUUCGGCAUGGGCAUCGACAAGCCCGACAUCCGGCGCGUGAUCCACUACGGCUGCCCCAAGAGCCUGGAAGCCUACUACCAAGAGUCGGGCCGCGCGGGGCGCGACGGUCUCGACGCGGAGUGCGUUCUGUACUACCGGCGCGGCGAUUUCAGCCGGGUCAACUUUUACGCGGAUUCUGCGACCACCGCGGAGCGCGCGCGCGCGGUCAAGGAGGCGUUUGCGGCCGCGCAGCGGUAUUGCACGACCGGGGGGUGCCGAAGGGCCACCAUUCUCAGCUACUUCGGCGAGCGCCCCGCUGACGUCAGCUGCGGCGCGUGCGACAACUGCACCAACGACGCGGCGGAGCUGCGCGAUUUCGCGCCCGAGGCGGCGCUUCUGCUGAGCGCUGUGGAGCAGACACGUGGCAACUUCGGAUUGAACAUGCCGAUCGACGUGCUGCGGGGGUCGCGCCAGAAGAAAGUGCUCGAGCGGCGCUUUGAGCUAUGCCAAGUGUUUGGGCAGGGCAAGCAGAACAGUGCCACGUGGUGGAAGGUGCUGGCGGAUCAGCUCUUGUCAGCAGGCUACCUCGAGCAGAACGUGCGGAACGAGUUCACAACCGUGGGCCUCACCCCCGCCGGGCGCCGUUUCCUCGACGAAACGAAUCGCUGCCAAACCACCCCCCCAAAACUCGAGCUGCCGGUACCCCCCGAGAUCGAGGCAGAGGAGGCGCGGAGUAUUCCCCGUCGUUUGAGCGGAGAGAGCCCGGCCGGUGUGAAUGCGCCCCAGGGGGCUGCGACGCAAGUGGGGCAGUCACAGCUGGGGGCGGAGAGCGGUGCGAGUGUGAAUGGGGGCGAGUAUAUGAGCCUGAAGCAGAUGAAGCAGCAAAUCGUGGAGGAACGUAUGCGGAAAGCAAGAGAGGUCGCCGUGCAAAAUGCUGCGGCAAAAGAGGCGAAGCUAUUGCAGGGCUUGUCUCCUGAGGAAAUCGAGCUGUACCAGCGGUUGCUGGUGAUAAGAACGGAGCUGGCGCGCGCGAUCCGGACCUCGCCGUACAUGGUGCUUCUUGAGCCGGUCAUCCUGAACUUGGUGCGCAUGCGGCCGUCCUCAACUGCUAGACUCGCACAAGUCGACGGAGUCAACCAGUGGCUCGUCCAAACGCACGGGCCUCGCCUUCUGGCGGGCCUCCACGAGGCGUGCCGCCAGCUGGCGCUCCCGCUCGACGCCCAGCUGCCACCUGUCACGCCCCCAGGGAUGCCAGCUAGCGGCGCGCGGAUGCCAGCUGGCACCGGACGUCCGGCAGGUGCAGGUGCACGUCCGGUGGCGGAGGAGUCGUGGAGGCUGUUCCACGAACAGGGCUGGACGCUCGCCCAGAUUGCGACCGCCCCCGAAAGGCCCAAGGCCAUCCAGCCGUCAACGGUGUUCGGUCACCUUUGCGAGUGCGCGGGCCUGGGAUACGAUAUGGACUGGCCGCGGCUUAUGGAGGCGACCAACACGGCCCCCAGAACCCCGGAAACGGUCGCCAUGAUGCGCGCGGUCCUGGCGGCGGUCGAGAAAGUGGGCGAAGAACGGCUGACGCCCAUCAAAGAACUGGUCGGGGACGAGGUCUCCUUCGAUCAGAUCAAGCUCGUCCUCGCCAUGCAAAAGGCGCAGCUCGACCUCCCGGGGAUCUUUCCCCCGGGCGCUCCUUCCCCGCCAGCAGACCCCGGUACAAGUGCCCGGGAGCCCGUCCCGACCGCCACAGAAAGCCCGGCGACUGACGAACCCAAUCUUGCGUCGCCCCUUUCUGGGUAUCUCAACCCGUGCACACCCAAAAUGGGCGACUCUCCUGAGUCGGUUCUCGACUUCCGGUCGCCCUCGCCACUGCCCGGGGCAGGCACUGGCGCGAGAACUGCUGGUCAGCCGGCGGUUACUACAAACGGGGGAACGAAAACUCACGUUCACACAGCAGCGUCCGUAAACCCCGUCGUAAACCCUGGGGUAAGCCCUGGGUUAGCCUCGGCAGCCCCUUCGUUUACGGGGCCUCAGAAGAGGGCGAUACCAGAGUGGAUGCAGUCUGGAAAGCCGGCCGGUGCGAAAGCGAGGCGGGUGGAAGCGCUGAAAGCGCACCGCGCGCCUUGUCCGGGCAGGGGGGUUCUGGCGGCUGUGCCGGCGAACGGGGGUGCGUUGAAAGCGGAGGACCUGGUGAAGUGGUUACAAAGCGUGGAAGCGGCCACGUUUGAGCACUUUACGGCCACGUUCCCCACGAUCCCAAAAGACGAGAUCAGAGGGCAUUUGAGCCAGCUCGAAGCUGAUUUCACGAUCUACAAGAAAGGGUAUUUGUAUAAACUGAUGUAGCGUCACCGGAUUGCUCACUUCAAUAGAAGACGGCACAUGCAUGACCCAAUGAUAUGUAUUGGAUUGAUUAGAGUUUGUCGUCUUUUGGAUAAAAUCCCGCUGCUCAGCUUGCGUGUGAAGCUGGAGAAAAGAUGUGCACGGCAACCCCUAUAACGGUUGCUUUUUGGUCCCUCUUGCGCAGCCAUCUCGUUGCCCAG